CAGUCAUUGAGACUCUUGCAAGUUGUGCGCAAAACAGCAGAGUCACGGAAGCAAGGCAGUUUGGGGCAUUAUAUUUCCUUUGCUGAGAUACAGUUUCUCUAAAUAAGCGCACAAGGUCGUCGAGUGUGGCUACAACUGAAACGUUUUUGCAAGCCAGAAAAAAGAAAAGAAAGAAGAUAAAGAGAUUUGCUUCUUUUGCGAUCGCAUACUCCAACUCCAGGACGUCGAUUCAUGUGCUGGAGCCUCGCUGUCACUGGACUUGCACAUCUACAGCGGCGUUUCUGAACCUCCCAAGACCGAGCCCGGGGGGUCCCUUCUUACCUAAGACAACUAAAAGGGCCUAAAGAUUGCAGGUGUGGGUUCCGCAAUUGAGCGCAGCACUACGCAAUACCCAGCGGGUUAAGAGGCACCGGCUCUAACUUAUUUUUUUUUUUCUUACUUCGAAAUCUUGCCAUACGCUUCGCUGACCCAAUGAAGGGUUUAUUCACCUCAAAGAAACCCACCUCCCCCAAGAAGCACCCAACCGGCGAGAACGACGAGAACAGAAACCCUCGCCACGGUUACAGCAACAGCAACAGCAACGGCACAGGCAGCACAGACUCGAAGCCACACUCGCCUGUCAAGCCUGCCACUGCUUUACCGCAUCCAUACCCACAACCGCCCCCCCACUAUACGCCCGCAGUGAAGAGGGAGAGGGAAUCUCAACCGCCCAGAAAAACCACCAGUGCCAGACCCGCUUCGCCCGCAUUGCCUGCGCACACGCAGACGCACACGCACACGCCGACCUCGAAGGAGCAAUCCCCUGCAAAGCCACGAAGUUCACGACCUUUUGGUAGGCAGAACACAGAUUCCUCUUCUUCCCGUCGCAGCAAGAAGAUUGACCCCAAUACCCACCCCCUCAACCUUCCCCCCGAGGAGCGAGCCAAGCGCCUCUCAGCCCUCUCCAACAUGAGCAACCGCAGCUCGACCGACAAGAUGGACAUUGACCGCGAGCCCUCGGCCGCCCCUCCGUCGUCGCCGCCGCCCGCGCAGCAGCACCCCAACAACUUCACUGUCCCCGUCACAUCGCCAACCAAUGGUCGCAAGACGCCGCCUACGAACGGCGAUGGGCCGGUGCCCCCGCCUCAUCGCUCCAACCCGUCGAGCCCUGUCCCUUCUGCGGCAGACGAGGCCGAGGCCUACAAGACCGCGGGCAACAAGUAUUUCAAAGACAGGGACUACAAGAACGCCAUCCUGCAGUACUCCAAAGCUGUCGAGUUGAUACCGGACUCUGCCACCUAUCUCAGUAACCGUGCCGCUGCUUACAUGUCGAAUGGGCAAUAUGCGUCGGCUCUGGAAGACUGUUCUCGCGCUGUUGAUUUAGAUCCCUCCAAUGCCAAGUUCUUGUUGCGGCUCGCCCGCAUCUACACCAGCUUGGGACGCCCCGAUGAAGCCCUGGUCACCUUUGGCCGCAUUCAGCCCCCGGCUUCGGCCAAGGACAUGGCUCCUGCCAGGGAAAUGCAGCACCAUAUCAAGGCUGCCACUGACGCCCUCAACAGCGGCACAUCUGGCUCCAUGGUGCUGCACGCCCUUGACCAGGCCGAGAGAUUCCUCGGAGUCGGCGCACCAAAGCCUCGUAAGUGGCAGCUGAUGAGAGGCUCGGCCUACCUGAAGAUGGGAGGCGUCAACUCGUUGGGCGAGGCGCAGAACGUCGCCAUGUCCCUCCUGAGAUACAACAACUCAGAUCCCGAGGCAUUGGUCCUGCGUGGCCGUGCCUUGUACGCACAGGGUGAUAAUGACAAGGCUAUCCAGCAUUUCCGGAAAGCCAUCAGCGGCGACCCGGAUUACCGUGACGCUGUCAAGUAUCUGCGAAUUGUCCAGAAGCUCGACCGCAUGAAGGAGGAGGGCAACACCGAUUACAAGGCCGGCCGCUGGCAAGCUGCUUUCGACAAGUAUACUCAGGCGUUGGAGGUCGAUCCUACGAACCGAGGCACAAACUCGAAGCUUUACCAGAACCGUGCACUUUGCAGGAUAAAGCUCAAGCAGUACGACGAAGCCAUCGCAGACUGCGAGAAGGCUAUCAGUCUCGAUUCUUCAUACAUGAAGGCCCGCAAGACAAAGGCCAAUGCUUUGGGCCAAGCCGAGCGGUGGGAGGACGCCGUCAAGGAAUGGAAGGCCAUUCAAGAGAUGGACCCCGAGGACCGCAACAUCGCCAAGGAGAUCCGAAGGGCCGAACUCGAGCUCAAGAAGGCUCAGCGGAAGGAUUACUACAAGAUCCUCGGUGUUUCCAAGGACGCCAGUGACAGCGAAAUCAAGAAGGCGUAUCGCAAACUGGCUAUUGUCCACCACCCCGACAAGAACCAGAACGAUCCUUCAGCAGAGGAACGUUUCAAGGACAUUGGUGAAGCGUACGAAAACUUGAGCGACCCUCAGUAUGUUGAUAUGUCCCCGUGAUUAUUAUACGCACAACGCUAACAACUUAACAGGAAGCGGGCCCGUUAUGACAGUGGCGAAGACCUCGUCGACCCCUCGGACAUGUUCUCCGGCGGUGGUGGCAUGGGUGGCAUGGGUGGGGGUAUGGGCGGUAUUGACCCUGAAAUUCUAUUCAGCAUGAUGAACGGUGGAGGCGGCUUCCCCGGCGGUGGUGGUGCCCGCUUCUCGACUGGUGGUGGUGGUGGUGGCGGCCGAGGGCCUCAAGGCUUCCCCGGUGGAUUCCACUUCGGUUGACAAGAGGAAGGAGAC